AUGGCUGUUUCAGCGAUUGCCAACUGGCUUAAUAACCAAAAUUCAACAUUUUUCCAUGUCAAGUUUAAGUAUCAUGCUUUUACUUGGGUCGAUAUCAGCUACAUCUAUCAAUUUCGUGUUAUAUUUAAAGCGACCCACUUAAAAACUUACAUGAUUGGAUACGCAGGCAAAAAUCCAAAGCUAGAAGCAUUGUAUAUAAAGGAAAAAACACAAAAAGAUCAGACUUACGAGCUCAAGACAAAACUCUUAUGCGAGGAUAUGCUUGAAUCGAUUGGUACGCCGGCUUUUGAUCCGAUAACUUCGCGUGAUUAUGAACACACAGAUAUGAUGAAUCUCGAUCAUUAUAGUGACCGCGAAGGUUUACAGCAGGCAUGCUAUUCUGGACAACGACAGUAUUAUUCAAGUGUUCAGUGGUCAAAGAUGAUUCGUUCACUUAUCACAAACAUGAAUCAAAACAUUGGGGGUUAUCUUAUACGUAUGCUAAUACUUUAA